UUGCUUAUGUCGAUUCUAAAAUGUCCACUACUUACUCCCAAUUCAAGUCUCGACUGAAGAAGGAGUGGCAAGGAUUUGGCUCACCUGAGCUGGGACGAGCAAAUCUACCUAAUGCAGAUCUAUGGAAUGAGAGGCCUGUCUCGCAUUGGCACUGGCUUUGUGACAACAUAUACACCAACCAGUCUUGCAUAGAAAUUGCGGAAAAGAAUUCUGCUAAUCGUUAUAUGCAGCAACAUACCUAUAGGGCCGGUGCACGACCAUACGUGCAACAUGCUUUGGCAGCCUCUAAGGAAGGGAAGGAGUUGUCGCUCAUAAAUAACUGGGGAGAGAAACACAAGGAUGAUAAUCAUGAAUGGAUUAAUGAGGUUGCCAAGAAAAAAUAUGAGAAGAUGGAGGCUGAGAGGAUUGCUCUUAUAGAGAAGUUGUACCGAGAGGCUCCCGAGGGUACUCCACAUGAUUCUAUCAAACUGACUUUGGAAGCAGAGUAUCCAAUAAUGGCUAAGGAGCUUGGGAGGAAGGGUAGGAUGAUCCAUGGCAUUGGUAACGUCCCUCAUAUACAUUCUAACAUACACAGAGUAUCUGCAUGUGCUGGCACUAAUUCUGAGGUACCUGAAUUACGUGCUCUUAUCAACCAACUUACCAUCAACAUGCUUAGUAUGAAGGAACAAAAUGGAUAGUUGAAGGCUCA